AUGCAAGACCGUGAUUGUGUCCGCCAAAAAUGUAGUCCUAAUAUACCCACUCUCCUCGUAGAAAUGGCCUUUCAAUUCGGAUUCUCGCAUGAUGAAAACGACGAAGAUGAUCACGUUCCCUCGCACCUCGCAACAGAUUCCAAUCUUGCUCGGACAAAACAAAAUGAAUCGACGACAGUGCCCGUGAAAGCCCACAAACUUGAAGCUUUGCUCGAAGCCCUCCCCGAACGCAUUAGUUACAGCACCGUCAGAAUCGAGUCUCCUCUGGGUCGAAUCGCACACAUUCCCAGAAGGGAGCUCUUCGAUGUUCGAGUGCAAUUGAUGGCCGAAGAUGCCGGCGACGACCAUGUCAUCGACCAACUCCAAAAAUCCGACCUUCGAGCGGGAGUCUACGAAGGCGGCUUCAAGACGUGGGAGUCCUCGAUCGAUCUCGCGAGUCUCCUGCUCGAUCGCGGGCCGCGGAAGGACAUCGAUGAGUUGAUCCGCUGCGAUAAUGUCGUCGAGCUAGGAGCCGGCACCGCCCUCCCUUCCCUCAUCCUCUGGCGGCACAGCCUCACGAGCGCCCAGACGGAUCUGAAUUUCACCUUCGCCGAUUUCAACGAAGAGGUGUUGCGGCUCGUCACCCUCCCCAACGUCCUCCUGACCUACGCGACGACGGUCUCCCCGGAGAAGUUCAUCCCCGACCACAACAUCCCCGACGAGGACGGAGGAGGCGGAGGCCAAGGGGAGUUGGAAAUCACGCCCGAAUUGAAAUCCCACUUCCUCGAAACCCUUCGCGCGAGAUCGCUGUCUCUGCAUUUCCUCUCCGGCCCCUGGAGCGCUGCCCUCGCGGAGAGGAUUCCGCCGUCGGCGCCGGAGAUGGGUUUACUCGUCCUCGCGGCGGAGACGAUCUAUAGCCCCGAGUCGACGGCGGCGUUUGUAGACAUCCUGACGCUCCUACUGGGAAGGGUCAAGAUGGCCAAGGCGAUGGUCGGGGCGAAAAGGAUGUAUUUCGGUGUUGGAGGGUCGGUGGAUGGGUUGAAGGAGGCCUGUCGGGAGAGAGGGGCGGUGGCGUAUGAGGUUGAAAAUCAUGGGGUUGUGGGGAUGGAAGCCGGGGUUGGGAGGGCGCUGGUUGAGAUUCAGAUGUAUUGAGCAUUGGAGAAUUCGAUAGAUACAGGUAGGCGUUUGAUCAUGAGGUGUUUCACAAUGGAAGAGAGAUACAGGCGAGCAG